CGCCCCCUUCCCCGGGCUGCUCCGCCGCCGCAGCAGCGCUGGCUGGGAACUGGUCCGUCGGCGGCUCGUUCCCCCGCCGCCGCCGCGUCCCGACUCCCUCCCGCCUCCGCCAGCGGCGACCGGCUCCAGCGCCAUGAGACCGGGGUGAGCCUCUCCACCUGAGCUGCAUCUCUCUUAGGCUGCGCCAGCCGACUCAGGUGGGGGCGUUGGGGAUCCCUCUGGACCACCUGGAGGGGAACACACGGCUGCCAGGGCAAGAGGAUGAGCGGGCAGCGUGUGGAUGCCAAAGUUGUGAUGCUGGGCAAAGAGUACGUGGGCAAGACCAGCUUGGUGGAGCGAUACGUUCACAACCGCUUCCUUGUGGGACCUUACCAGAACACAAUAGGUGCUGCGUUUGUAGCCAAAGUGAUGCCAGUGGGAGGUCGGACCGUAACCUUGGGAAUCUGGGAUACAGCUGGCUCAGAGCGUUAUGAGGCCAUGAGCCGGAUAUACUACCGUGGGGCAAAAGCUGCCAUUGUAUGUUAUGAUCUUACUGAUAGCAGCAGUUUCCAGAGAGCAAAAUUCUGGGUGAAUGAGCUGCAGAACUUUGAGGAGAACUGCAGGAUCUAUUUGUGUGGCACCAAGUGUGAUUUGUUGGACGAGGACAGGAGAAGGCGAGGAAUUGACUUCUAUGAUGUGCAGGACUAUGCGGAUGAGAUCAAAGCCGAGCUGUUUGAAACCUCCAGUAAGACUGGACAGAAUGUGGAUGAGCUCUUCAUGAAGGUGGCUGAGGAUUAUGCGCAGCUUACUGCCUUUCAGGAGAUGACAGAGGAGAAAGGAGUUGAUCUGAGCCAAAAGAACACUACCACCUACUUUUAUAGCUGUUGCCAUCACUGAGUUCUUUCCUUGUUUUGCCAAAGCAGCAGUGCUCCCCUCCUGGGAUAGCAGUUCAUGCUGUCUUUGGAUAGUUCACACUCUUUCCCUGCUGUAUGGAAUGUCUUGCCCUUUCGGACCUGUGGAGCAUCACUUGCUGGCACUUCUCCUUGGAAUGGUGGGAGGGGGGAGAACGCGGCACACGCUGCAAGAUUUUCUGCUGCCUUGUUGACCAGAGACCUUGACUGCCUUGCGCUCCCAUCCCUUCCAGAGGCUGACUUAAAAUUCUUGACGCGCUUCAGGAAUUGCUUUUUCACAACUGGCUCUCCAACGCUGAAGACACCUUGUUCUGGCAGUGGUUGGUUCUGCUGUUUUGAUGGUGUUGCACCUGAUUUUUUGCUUUAUUAUUUAAAUGGCUUCUAAUAAGCUAUGUAUAUGUAAAUAAAAGUGCAUUGUGGUCCUGUGUUGUUGAGAAACACA